AUGAAUGGGGAAGCGUUUGCUGCGGCGUCGCGGCCGCGGCUGCCUGUCAAGAAGCAAGCGCCCCAGAAAAGCAUUGACGACUUCUGGAACACGUUCACAACGAAGCACCCAGGAAAGAUCUUCACCAUUCUGCCAGACAAUUUGUACGCAAAACGCGCCGCCGCACAUACGCCAAAGGGAUCGAUACCUGGCAAGAAUGCGCUUGCGUCCUACGAAGAGGCCGUUCAAUCUUGCAAAACUAAAGUAGCCAAAAUCGUCAAGGAGUGCAGACGGCUGAACCAGAAGUAUCGCGACCCUCAUUUCGACAUCGAGGCCGACUUCAAGCGGUCUCAAGCGUCUCCAGACACACCGCCCGAUUGUCUGACUAGCUUGGACAAGGAACAAUCUGAGUUCCAGCCUAUGUCGGUCAAGAGAGUCGAGGACAUUUUCGAAAACCCCCAAUUCUUCAUAGAAGGCGCCACCGCGAACGAUGUGCGACAAGGGAAUGACGGCGACUGUUGGUUCAUGUCAGCGCUUGCAACGAUCAGUAACAAAGAGGAACUGAUACAAAGAGUGUGCGUUGCGCGAGACGAGCAGGUUGGAGUCUAUGGGUUCGUCUUCCACAGAGAUGGCGAAUGGAUCUCGGAGGUUAUCGACGACAAGCUAUACCUGAUCAAGGAAGACUUCGAUGAAGCCAAGAUCGAGCGCUACCAUUGGCUAGAACUGCAGAAUCGCAAGAGCCCGGAUGAAGAAUACCGCACCGUCAUGCAGACUGGAUCAAGAGCUCUCUAUUUUGCGCAGUGCAGCGAUUCCAAUGAGACCUGGCUACCGCUUCUCGAGAAGGCUUUCGCAAAAGCGCAUGGUGACUAUUCAGCGAUCGAUGGCGGCUUUGUAGGCGAGGGCAUCGAAGAUUUGACAGGCGGUGUCACCUCCGAGGUCUUCGCUACCGACAUCCUGGACAAGGACAAGUUCUGGCAUGACGAGCUCAUGAACGUCAACAAGACAUUCCUCUUUGGGUGCGGCCAGAUGGGUGGCAUUUAUGGCGCUCGCAAAGGUAUACAGGAAAAGCAUGCAUACUCCAUCAUGGAGGCCCGCGAGAUUGAUGGACAGCGCUUGCUCAAGUUACGCAAUCCUUGGGGCAGGACCGAAUGGACCGGCCGUUGGAGCGAUGGGUCGGAAGAGUGGACUCCUGAAUGGAUGCAGAAGCUGAACCACAAAUUCGGCGAUGAUGGAGUAUUCUGGAUCUCUUACCGAGAUCUGCUCCGGAACUAUCAACAUUUCGAUCGCACCCGGCUUUUCGGACCCGAGUGGACCGUCUCCCAGCAGUGGACGAGCGUCAACGUCCCCUGGAGUGUCGACUACCUAGAGACCAAGUUCAAGGUUCAUCUCGAGAAACCUAGCCCAGUCGUGAUAGUGCUCAGUCAGCUUGACGACCGUUACUAUCAAGGCUUGGAGGGACAGUACGAGUUUCAUCUCCAGUUUCGACUUCACAAAGACGAUGAGGACGAGUACAUUGUACGCAGCAACGGCACAUACUACAUGAAACGAUCGGUUUCCACCGAAUUGGACCUUGAAGCCGGUAAUUAUACGGUCCUUCUCAAGAUCAAAGCCACAAGGUCUCCAAAUCCGACUCCAGAUGAGGUAAUUAGGGCAACUUGUACCAAGCGCCGUGAGAAGCUGCUGGCUACUGGGCUGUCCUACGACCUGGCCCAUGCGAAGGGCCAGUUCAGGGAGCACGAGAAGGAGAAGGAUCGACAACAGCGCGAACACAAAAGCGACCGCAAGAAAGCCGAUGCGAGGCGCGCGCAUGAGCGAGAACGCAAGUUCCGCAGAAGACAAAAGCUGCGUGAGCAGAAGAAGGCCGCCAAAGAGACACGUAAGUUGAACCGUCCAGGCGAGAUGAGGGAGAUCGAGAAACGGCUGCAGGAUUUGACCGGACUUGGCAUUGCUGUCGAGGAGGAGAACCGCACAGAGGGUGAAGAAGAAACAAAGCCCGGUCACCCUGCUGUCACACGACACCGACGUGCAGCGAGCGCCAGUGUUGUCGGUGAACGCUCACCAAGCCCCGGCGGUGGUUUCCAGGGUCGUGGAGGCUAUAACCGUGGACGCGACGGCUACAACGCAGCCCUUCCAGGAGCUCUCCAAGGUCGUGGUGGCUACAACCGUAAUGAACAACACGGCACAGCUAUGGCGGAAGCACUUGCCCUUCAAGGCCGUGGCGGCUACCAAGCUGCUAACAAUGGCUUCCAAGGUCGUGGAGGGUACAAUCAGAAUAUGCCUGGAGAACUUCAGGGCCGGGGUGGCUACAAUGCUGAGCUCCCCGGCUCCUAUCAGGGCCGUGAUGGAUACAACGGUCGCGAUGGGUAUAAUGGCCGUGACGGAUACAACGGCCGUGACGGAUACAAUGGAAGGGACGGGUACAAUGAGGGUCAAACUACAGAAUCGCCAGUACCAACACCCCAACCUACUCCUCAAUCGCAACCUGAAGAGUUCCGCCCUGGUACUCCUGGUCAACGCACAUAUAGCCCUCAACCUGAUCGCAGAUCGAGGAUUUCUCCAGCACCAUCGCGUCGCGCCACCUUGUCUCCCAUUCCAGGUGUAAGGCCCGCUAUCCACAUCACGCGAGGUCGUGGUACCAGUGUCAGUUCGCUCAGAACGCGACAUGGCACAUACUCACCCAACGAAAUAUCGGAUGACUCAUCUUGGGACUCUGAUCUUGCAGAUUCAUUGGAUUCUGAGGCUUCCGAUAACGAGCGUGACUCACCGCGCCUGAUCUCCCAAGACCAGAUCCGAUACUAUCAUCAGAACGGAAGGAGCUACUACACGAUCGAAGAUGAAGAUGAGUUCGAACGCGACCCCUGGAAUGCGGUCUGCGUCAUUGGCCUGCGUGUCUUCUCGAAAGACGCUGACGUCUCGAUCGAGGUGCAAAACGGCGGGCCAGAAAAGAGAAAGGAUAGUGAUGCUGAGAGUGUAGCAAGCGUCAGCACGAUCCGCAGGCGCCAGAAGGAGCUCGAUGUGGAUGAUAGCGCAGCUGAUGCGACGUCGCCGAUGCGUACGAGGAACAACAUGGACGAGGCUUUGAAAGGCGAGGAGAAGAGGGCUGCUGAGGCUGAGCUGGUGAGCCACGUCGGGACUAUGCCUGCUGGCAAUGAGUUGAACCGCCAGGAUACCCUUUCCUAG